AGGAGGUGAGGUCUCAACCGUCCAUUCGCAUCAGACUAUAACCGUCGGAUUUCAACACCUCUAGGGUUUAUACAUAAACCUCAGGCUCCUCUAACAAAACCCUCCUCCAGCAGCCUCCACGAGCUUCAGCACCAGGUCGAGCUUCCAUGGCCUUUGUUAAAGCCCAGAAGUCGAAGGCUUACUUCAAGCGCUUUCAAGUGAAGUUCAAGAGAAGGAGAGAGGGGAAGACUGACUACCGUGCCAGGAUUCGUUUGAUUAAUCAGGACAAGAACAAAUACAACACACCCAAAUAUCGAUUUGUUGUUCGCUUUACAAACAAAGAUAUUAUUGCACAAAUAAUAUCUGCUAGUAUUGCUGGUGAUUUGGUUCUUGCGACAGCUUUUGCACAUGAGCUACCUCGAUAUGGGCUGGAAGCGGGCCUUACCAAUUACGCUGCAGCUUACUGCACUGGGCUUCUGUUGGCUCGCCGUGUCUUGAAAAUGCUUGAGAUGGACGAUGAAUAUCAGGGCAAUGUGGAGGCCACUGGAGAAGAUUUCUCUGUCGAACCCACAGAGAGCAGGAGGCCAUUCCGUGCUCUUCUUGAUGUUGGUCUUAUUAAGACUACCACUGGAAACCGUGUCUUUGGUGCUCUUAAGGGAGCAUUGGAUGGUGGACUGGACAUUCCUCACAGUGAUAGGAGGUUUGCUGGUUUCAAGAAGGAUGAUAAGCAGCUUGAUGCUGAGGUUCACCGCAAGUAUAUCUUUGGCAGCCAUGUUGCCGCAUACAUGAGGACUUUGAUGGAAGACGAGCCCGAAAAAUAUCAGUCACAUUUCAGUGAGUACAUCAAGAGGGGAAUUGAGCCCAAUGGCAUUGAAGAGCUAUACAAGAAAGUCCAUGACGCCAUCCGUGCUGACCCCACUCCAUUGAAAUCUGAGAAAGCUCCUCCAAAGGAGCACAAGAGGUAUAAUUUGAAGAAGCUGACAUACGAGGAGAGGAAGGCCAAGCUCAUUGAGCGGUUGAAUGUGCUGAAUGCGGCUGGGCGGGAUGAUGAUGAUGAUGAGGAUGAGUGAAAAAAUCAACUCAAUUAGGCAGUUGUCUUUUUUUUAUUUGGGUACCCGUGCUGUACACUCAUUUAGGCAGUUUUUGAUAAUUGCUACAUUUGGGACCCUCAAUUGUGUGGUCAGCUGUUUCCGUUGGAUGUUUAGAUGGCUGCUUCCUUAUUCUGUGGGGCCAAGUUAUGGUUGCACUAUUUUUUCACCAUUUGACGAUGGCAUUGCCAUGUGAUUCAUGGCACAUGUUGGAAUCUGGGCCAUUCUUCACUUGGAGUCCACAGUCGUCAUGACCCGGAGGACAUCCAGCUUGACCAUAAUCACCAAGUGGGGCCAUGCGUGUGAUAAAGAUAAGACUGUUGGUUUUUAUGUGAUUUUGUGCCAUUUGUAGGCAAUGAAUUCUCUGGUUUAUCCUAAGCUGUCCUGUCCGUCACCUUAAAUUGAAUCUCGGUCAGAAGAUGCUGAUACAGUAAAUGGUGAGGAUGUUGAAGCCCUGAUGGUAUUCUUGUUAUUUUAAUAUGCGGUAAUUUUUCAUAUUAGACAAGUGAGUCCCACUAUUUCA